ACAACUGCCCCACCCUCAACAACUGUCCCACCUUCAACAACUGCCCCACCUUCAACGACCAAGGAGGUAACAACAGUUGUGACCACUACCCCUGAAUCUACCACAAAGGAAGUCACCACAGUGCAGUCUACAACAGAAGCCUCCACGACAGAGGCUAGAACCACUGUUGUGAGUACUACUGUUACUUCAACUGUACCAUCAACUACUGAGGCACCAUCAACUACUGAGGAGGUGACAACCACUGUUGUGUACACAACUACUCCAGAGUCAACUACAGUUGAAGAGACGACUACAGUACUGAGCACCACUGAAGAAAGUACAACUGGUCCUCCAAGUACAACGGAGAAGUCAACUACUCGUGUGACAACUACUGAGGCUCCCUCAACAACUGCCCCACCUUCAACAACUGCCCCACCCUCAACAACUGCCCCACCCUCAACAACUGCCCCACCCUCAACAACUGCCCCACCUUCAACAACUGCCCCACCUUCAACAACCAAGGAGGUAACAACAGUUGUGACUACUACCCCUGAAUCUACCACAAAGGAAGUCACUACAGUGGAGUCCACAACAGUGUCAACUACUUCACCACCAUCAACUACUCCAGAGGUAUGUGCGGAUGAUCUUGACAAAUUGCCAAAUGUGACGAUAAUACGCGAAGACCCAGAAUCAGGCAAAGAAUUACCUCCGACUGAAUGGUGGCGGCCUAGCAACCCACCCAACGAUGUUACAUCACCACACAAUGGAUCAUGUUUGGGGGUUACCUUCAGCCCACGGGUUGAAAUCACGUCGGUCAUCAUAAAGACAGAACAAGGCCCACCGGGAGACAUAACUGUUUCCUUCAAAUUUCAACCAGGUGACAGGCAACCAUACAUACCUCUAGUAGAUGAAGCUGGCUCUCCUAUCUUUAUUGGCAAAACAGAUCAAAAGAUCUAUCUACCAUCCAGUAUGGCGUUGGUGACGGGACUCAAAGUUUGCAUCAUCACCUCAAACCCAGAUGGUUACAAAGUGAUAUUCAACGGUUGUGAACACGGAGUGACUACAACCAAAGCACCCUCAACAACAGAGGCACCCUCAACAGAAGCCUCAACAACCAAGGCUAGAACCACUGUUGUGAGUACUACCGUUACUUCUACUGUACCAUCAACUACUGAGGCACCAUCAACUACUGAGGAGGUGACAACCACAGUCGUGUACACAACUACUCCAGAGUCAACUACUGUUGAAGAGACAACUACAGUACUGAGCACCACUGAAGAAAGUACAACAGUUCCUCCAAGUACCACAGAGAGGACAACUACUCGUGUGACAACUACAGAGGCCCCUUCAACAACUGCCCCACCUUCAACAACUGCCCCACCUUCAACGACUGCCCCACCCUCAACAACCAAGGAGGUAACAACAGUUGUGACCACUACCCCUGAAUCUACCACAAAGGAAGUCACCACAAUGCAGUCUACAACAGAAGCCUCCACGACAGAGGCUAGAACCACUGUUGUGAGUACUACCGUUACUUCUACUGUACCAUCAACUACUGAGGCACCAUCAACUACUGAGGAGGUGACAACCACUGUUGUGUACACAACUACUCCAGAGUCAACUACAGUUGAAGAGACAACUACAGUACUGAGCACCACUGAAGAAAGUACAACAGGUCCUCCAAGUACAACGGAGAAGUCAACUACUCGUGUGACAACUACUGAGGCUCCCUCAACAACUGCCCCACCUUCAACAACUGCCCCACCUUCAACAACUGCCCCACCUUCAACAACUGCCCCACCUUCAACGACUGCCCCACCUUCAACGACCAAGGAGGUAACAACAGUUGUGACCACUACCCCUGAAUCUACCACAAAGGAAGUCACCACAGUGGAGUCUACAACAGAAGCCUCAACAACAGAAGCUAGAACCACUGUUGUGAGUACUACCGUUACUUCAACUGUACCAUCAACUACUGAGGCACCAUCAACUACUGAGGAGGUGACAACCACUGUUGUUUACACAACUACUCCAGAGUCAACUACAGUUGAAGAGACAACUACAGUACUGAGCACCACUGAAGAAAGUACAACAGGUAGAGACAGACUGUGUAGUGUGGAAUUUUAUUAAGGCUGAACUGAAAGAAUCAAUCAAAAUCUUCAGAGAAUUAUUUUGAAGGUGCUUGGCUAUUUGACAUGAAUUGAAAACAUUUUGAAUUUUAGUC